AUGGUGCUGGAGCGCUCUCUUGAUGCCACCUCUAUAUGGGACAGGGCGUUGUUGUACCGUGCCAUACUGUCGGAGCGGAAGCUGUCCUAUCCAUCCUCAUUCCGCUACGUGUUCGAGGCUGUAGAUGACACGGUGUUUGCGCCAAGCGUGCGGAAAGAACAAGUGGAGCGGCCUGAUCCCCUUGCGGCGAAAUGCCCCACGAUGGAGGCGUACCAGUAUUUCCUUUAUCUUGUGAAGAAAUACUACAUUGAUAACGCCGUGGAGGCGCAUGUUGUCCUGCGCUGCCACCGCGAGCCUAACGCAGCUGAUCUGCUCUUCUCUAACCCACCGCCGAAGGAUGAUGCGGAGGUGCGGCAGGCGAUCGAGGCCCUACAAUCAGCGGUGACGGAUCGUGCGCAAUCAGUUUCUCCUGCUGCUAAUGAUUCUUCGAGCAACAGCAGCAGCAGCAAUGGCGGCCAACACGACCCUUCUGGUGCCAAGGAGAAAGACAGGUUCCGCCGAUUCGCGCCGCCGAGCUCGUACCCGCCCAUUGACGCGCUGUGGCGGUGCGAGGAAAAUGUGCCGCUCCUCAAAGUUCUCCUCUUUGGUGAGUUUAACUUGAUUGUAUCAGAGAACCCGUUCGUGAAGUUCCCCACUGCACACAGCUUUCUUACGAGGCCGUACUCCUCUGAGUCCUCGCGGGGCUUGGCGGAUGGCGUGAGUCUUGCUAACGUGAUUGCGGAGAGGCGCGGCCACCUGCUCCCACCGCUGCCCCGAAAUCUGGCGAGCAGCAUCGACGGCCGAGCGCAGGACAUACGCCGUCUGCAGCAGAAGCACCACCGCGAAGACAUCGUCAGCUUCCAGAAGCUGCUGCGGAGCACACACGCCGAUGACAACCCAUCGACCUUCUCCAGCUACUCUGACUGGAGUUACUUCAACCCGAGAGCCGUUCGGGCGGAAGAACGCGACAAACUCACACGGAAAGGCAUCGACGCUCUGAAGGACUACGACUCCGCGACCGAGAGCAUUUAUCGAUGCGGCUUCGAGGAUGCGCAGGCCAACAACGCCCUCCGCGUGACGGAGAGCGAGAGUAUGAUGCCGUCGUAUCUGCCGACGCUGCCACACUUCGUGUCGGUUAUCAAGAAGGAUCCGCACGUUUCCUUCUUGACUCAUGUGGGUCUUCCAGACAGAGGCGUGAGUGCAGAAGCCGCUGCAAAGCGCGAUGAAAUUGAGAGGCGUAUCUAUCACCUCGGCCGUGCGUUGUACCACACAGCCUUGGAGUACCACAAGGAGACGGUGCGGCGUGUAAACCGACAGAAGGUCAACGUCGCCGCAUCGCUGCUGGAUAGUUUUGUGGAGCAGGAAUGGGCUGCUGUGCUGAGCGAGAGCGAGGCGUUGGAUGCUGUGUCUGGGCAUCCCCCUGUCCAUAACAGCAAGGCCGACUUGGCACGCCGCCUGGGCCGCUACAUGCCGUUCGCGCGUCGCUCACUUGACGAGAGUGGCUUCCCGACGGACGCCCGAGCCGACGACUACGCGCGGUGGAUGGCGCCCCCAGUCGUUGUCAAGGGAAGAGCGUGA